AUGGCGUCCAGRAUGGUGAUAGAUCAUUAUGAAAAUCCCCGUAAUGUUGGAUCGUUGAAUAAAAAUGACAAGAAUGUUGGAACUGGAUUGGUCGGCGCACCAGCAUGUGGUGAUGUCAUGAAGUUACAGAUUAAAGUAGAUGAUAAUGGUAGAAUUGUUGAUGCCAAGUUUAAAACUUUUGGUUGUGGAUCUGCUAUUGCUUCUAGUUCACUAGCUACAGAAUGGGUUAUGGGAAAAACUGUUGAUGAAGCACUUUCCUUAAAGAACACGGUAAUCGCUAAAGAACUCUCUUUGCCUCCAGUGAAGCUUCACUGUUCAAUGUUGGCUGAAGAUGCUAUUAAGGCAGCAUUAUCUGAUUAUCGCAUCAAACAACAAGAGAAGAAAAAAUCAGAAGACCAAGAGUAAUGAAAGUGUUAGCUAGUAAUAAUUUUAUUAAAUUUUAUUUGUUGUCCUUGAAAUUAUCAUAUUUUUAAAUUGCAUAAAAAAUUAUAAAUUACUAUAUUAAAUGUAUAGGUUAACAUCAUACAAUCUCAUGUUUUAACAAUUUUAGUUUAAAAUAAAUCAU